AUGAAGCUUCUUCUCUUCCCCACCGUUACUGGCCUUGGUCUUACCUCUCCUCGGUUCUUCCCUCCAGGAACGACGCAGAGUAUAGUAAAUCACGAGGAUGACUCUACCCAACAAGUCAUGAACAUUCUCUCCAGUGUCCUCUCCACUGUUAAGAAGAUCAACAUGGAGAUAUUUUUCGAGUCAGAGUUCAAGUGUGCAAAGAAAGGACGCUUUUGCAAUGACUCGACUGACUGUUGCGGUACUUUGGAAUGUGAUAAUGAGGAUCUUGGAAAGAUGCCAGAAUGCAAACAGUUUUAG